UUUACCCGCUCUUUUGCUUCUGAAACAUCUUUUCCUCAGCCAUUAACACGUUCUACGGUACUUUCAAAUGGCUUGACGGUUGCGACUGAAGCUAAUGCGUUUGCACAGACAGCAACUGUGGGGGUAUGGAUUAGCGCUGGAAGUAGAGCUGAAAACGUAAAAAAUAACGGAGCUGCUCAUUUUUUGGAGCAUAUGGCAUUUAAGGGAACGAAAUCUCGUUCUCAGCAUCAAAUGGAACUAUUUAUUGAAAAUAUUGGAGCACAUUUGAAUGCUUACACUUCUCGUGAACAAACAGUAUAUUAUGCUAAAACUUUUAAAAAUGAUGCUAAGAUAGCUGUUGAAAUUUUAUCUGAUAUAUUGCAAAAUUCUACAUUGGAAGACCACGCUAUUGAACGUGAACGUGAAGUCAUUUUAAGGGAACAGGAAGAAGUUAAUAAAUUACUCGAUGAAGUGGUUUUUGAUCAUUUGCAUGCAACCGCAUUCCAAGGUCAUUCAUUGGGUCGCACUAUUCUUGGACCAAAAGAAAAUAUCCUUUCUCUUAAUCGUAAGGAUCUUGCAGAUUAUAUUAGUAAUAAUUAUACAGCAGAUCGCAUGGUUUUGGUGGGAACCGGUGGUAUUGAUCAUGAAGAACUUGUAAAAUUAGCCGAAAAACAUUUUUCCUCUUUGCCAGUUUCAUCAAAUCCUUUAGCACUUGGUAGUACUCGUGGUGUAAAACCUCCAUUUACAGGAUCAGAAGUUAGAGUAAGAAAUGAUGAAUUACCUCAAGCUCAUAUAACCCUCGCAGUUGAAAGUGUUGGAUGGACUUCACCAGAUUAUUAUCCUAUGUUAGUUGCACAAGCUGUAAUUGGAACUUGGGAUAGAUCUCUUGGUUCCGCUCGACAUUCAUCUUCUCGUCUUUCUCAUAUUAUUCAUCAAAAUCACCUUGCAAAUUCUUUCCAAGCUUUUAAUACAAGUUAUAGUGAUACUGGAUUAUUUGGCAUUUAUCUUAUAACAGAAAAUAGAGAUAAUUUAGAUGAUUUGGUACAUUUUACUUGCAAAGAACUUUGGAGAUUGCACACAUCAGUCACGGAAGCUGAAGUUGAACGAGCUAAACAACAGCUCAAAGCUUCGCUUUUAUUGAAUCUUGAUGGCACAACAGCAAUUGCUGAAGAUGUCGGACGUCAAUUAAUAACAACAGGUAAAAGACGUAGUCCUCAAGAGGUUGAAGCUAUCGUAUCCAAGGUUACUGUUGAUGAUGUACGUAGAGUAGCCGGAGAAUAUCUGUGGGACCAAGAUGUUGCUGUAGUUGGAAUCGGACUUCCAGAUUAUAAUAGAGUUCGUGGUGAUAUGGCUACCAACAGAUAUUAA